AGAAGCAAAACAAUCGGGAAGUUGAUGGAGGAGAUUGUUCCUUUUGUGAACGCUUCAAUUGCAUAAAUUUCCGGCCAUCACUUUUUACUUCCUCCUCUCUCUCUCUCUGUUUCUCUCUCGAUACGAUUGUUUCAUUCUUCUUCUUCUUCUUCUUUGAUCACCUUCUUCUCAUCUCUCACAUUCCCGAUUUCGUUUAGGGUUUCCUGUUUUAACAUUUCUAGGGUUUUUCUUGUUUGCUUUGUACCGGAUAUGGCGAAUUGAAGCGGCAAAAACGGAGGAAUUUUGUAUUCUUUUGUUGUUGCUGUUUCCUCAGGUCUAGAUCUGAGGUUAUAUUGAAUUCGAACUUCGAGAGGGUUUUUUUAUUUUCCUUUGCUCCAAUUCUGGAGGCAAUGAGCGCUUCGAGGUUCAUAAAGUGCGUUACCGUUGGUGACGGAGCUGUCGGUAAAACCUGUUUGCUGAUUUCAUACACCAGCAACACUUUUCCUACGGAUUACGUUCCGACUGUUUUCGAUAACUUUAGCGCGAAUGUGGUUGUUAACGGGAGCACUGUGAACCUAGGAUUGUGGGAUACUGCAGGACAGGAGGAUUAUAACAGAUUAAGACCGUUGAGUUACCGCGGUGCUGACGUUUUCAUAUUAGCGUUCUCUCUUAUCAGUAAGGCUAGUUAUGAGAAUGUGUCCAAGAAGUGGAUUCCAGAGCUGAAACACUAUGCUCCUGGUGUCCCAAUAGUUCUUGUUGGAACCAAACUAGAUCUUCGGGAUGACAAACAGUUCUUCAUUGACCACCCUGGUGCUGUACCUAUUACCACUGCUCAGGGAGAGGAACUGAGGAAGCUAAUUGGAGCUCCUGCAUACAUCGAGUGCAGUUCGAAAUCACAGGAGAACGUGAAGGCGGUGUUUGAUGCAGCGAUCAGAGUGGUCCUUCAACCACCAAAGCAGAAGAAAAAGAAGAGCAAAGCACAAAAGGCCUGCUCCAUAUUGUAAUUUCGCUACGCUCCCUCGUACACUCUUCUCUUUCUCUCUGUCUCUUCCACUCUCUAGUAAGGCUUAAGAAGAAACACACACAUUGGGCUUAAAUAUGCUUCCAGAGUUCGUUGUUAUAAGCUAGCUCUCCUAAUCCUAAAAACCGAUUACUUCUUCUGUUUUACUGAUAAAUACUUUCCAGCUUUUGCUGAGA